AUGGAGGGAGACGGCAACGCGUCGCCGCCGUUCUGGCUUCAAUCCUCUAACUCUUUUCAGCAAGUUCACUACAAUCGCCGUCGUCGCCUCAGCCGCGCAUCGUCGUUCCUCCUCAACUCCAGCGCUUUUCUCAUUGUUUUGUUAGUAAUAGUUCUCUGUUUCGUCUUGAUUGUGAUUCCUAAAUGUGUACAGUUCGCUUCUAAAUUGAUUCGGCCUCAAUCGGUCAAGAAGAGCUGGGAUUCGCUCAAUUUGGUUCUUGUUCUGUUUGCCAUUGUUUGUGGAUUUCUGAGUAGAAACACGGGUGAUGAUAAUAGAGGAUUUGAAGAUCGGAGCGUUUCUUCCAGGCGGAGACUGAAGUCAAACCCUACGACUCCGCGCCAAUGGGAUGGAUAUUCCGAUCAUCGGCCGAAUCAGUACACCGUGAAUCGGAUGAGGAGUAGUAGUUCGUAUCCGGAUCUACGUCUGCAGGAGUCUUCAUUAGAUGCCGGUGAUGAACGGUGGCGAUUUUACGACGAUACUCAUGUGCGUAAUCAUCGGUUUGCGUCUUCCGAUCAGCUUCAUCGCCGUCAUCAAGCUCGGCCGGAGCUUGAACGCGAAGAUUCUAGUGCCAAAAGUACAGGUUUCGACAGAUCUGAGGUUCGCGAAGAUGCAUAUUCACAACCGGCGAUACCUUCGCCGCCGCGGGUGCCUCCCCCGCGAUCUCCAUCACCACCUCCUACGCUUCAGACUCCCGCUAGCACGACUCCUAAAGUGGUUAAACGAAGGCCAAAGAGAACGCAUAACGUCCAUAGCCAUACGCCCGAUGGAGCAAUCGAUCAACAGCAGAAGAAUGACGAUUCGGACGUCGCCGAUUUUCAACGGAUUCACCUUCCACCCCUCUCCCCGCCGUCGUUCUAUCAGGAAUCGGAGCAGAAGAGCGGCAAAAACGAGAAGAAGAGAGGUGGCGCUCCAAAAGAAAUUUGGUCCGCUCUGAGGAGGAGGAAGAAAAAGCAAAGACAGAAGAGCGUCGAAAGCUUUGAGGCUAUCGCCACUCUACGCGCUUCAACAUCAUCAUCAUUACCACUACCGUCACCCCCGCCGCCUCCGCCGCUCCCACCACCAGUUCUACAAAAUCUAUUUCCUUCCAAGAAAGGAAAAGCCAAAAAAGUACAGUCCGAACCUCCACCAACAAUCGUCACCUCAGAACCUAAACCAGAGAUCCAACAUCAAAAUCACCUCCUCAAACCUAACGAUCCUCCAAUGGAGCUUGAGAGACUAAGCAGCUUAAACGAUGAAGAAUACAAUACGCGCAUUGGCUGUGAUUCGCCAUUCCAUCUGAUUCCUCCGCCACCACCGCCACCGCCACCGCCGCUGUUCAGAAUGCACGGAGACUUCGACAGUGCAGGAAGCAACAGCAGUACACCGAGAGCCAUCUCGCCGGAAAUUUACGAGUGUGAAGGCGAUGGUCCACCGGAAGCCGGUAAAAUGAAGGUCAAGCAAGUUUCAACAACUCCGAUAUUCUGUUCAAGCCCGGAUGUUAACAGUAAAGCCGAUAAUUUCAUUGCAAGGUUCAAAGCCGAUUUGAAGUUGCAGAAGAUGAAUUCCAUCAAGGAGAGAUCGGCGAGGAAGCGAUCUAACCUAGGCCGAACAGCAGGCCCAGGCCCAAAAUAA